AGUUUUUUUCUACCCACUUUAAACCUCCAGAUUCUAAAUAUCAGGAAAGACGCUGUGGGAAAAUAGCAGGCCAAAAGUUCUUAGUAAACUGCAGCCAGGGAGACUCAGACUAGAAUGGAGGUAGAAAGAACCAAUACAGACUGGGUUUAAUUCUAAGCCUUUCUGUGGCUAAGUUUUUGUUGUUGUUAACUUAUUGAAUUUAGAGUUGUAUUGCACUGGUCAUGUGAAAGCCAGAGAAGCACCAGUGUCAAAAUAGUGACAGAGAGUUUUGAAUACCAUAGUUAGUAUAUAUGUACUCAGAGUAUUUUUAUUAAAGAAGACAAAGAGCCCGGCAUAGAUCUCAUCUUCAUCUUCACUCGGUUGCAAAAUCAAUAGUUAAGAAAUAGCAUCUAAGGGAACUUUUAGGUGGGAAAAAAAAUCUAGAGAUGGCUCUAAAUGACUGUUUCCUUCUGAACUUGGAAGUGGACCAUUUCAUGCACUGCAAUAUCUCCAAUCACAGUGCGGAUCUCCCCGUGAACGAUGACUGGUCCCACCCGGGGAUCCUCUAUGUCAUCCCUGCAGUUUAUGGGGUUAUCAUUCUGAUAGGCCUCAUUGGCAACAUCACUUUGAUCAAGAUCUUCUGUACAGUCAAGUCCAUGCGAAACGUUCCAAACCUGUUCAUUUCCAGCCUGGCUUUGGGAGACCUGCUCCUCCUAAUAACGUGUGCUCCAGUGGAUGCCAGCAGGUACCUGGCUGACAGAUGGCUAUUUGGCAGGAUUGGCUGCAAACUGAUCCCCUUUAUACAGCUUACCUCUGUUGGGGUGUCUGUCUUCACACUCACGGCGCUCUCGGCAGACAGAUACAAAGCCAUUGUCCGGCCAAUGGAUAUCCAGGCCUCUCAUGCCCUGAUGAAGAUCUGCCUCAAAGCCGCCUUUAUCUGGAUCAUCUCCAUGCUGCUGGCCAUUCCAGAGGCCGUGUUUUCUGACCUCCAUCCCUUCCAUGAGGAAAGCACCAACCAGACCUUCAUUAGCUGUGCCCCAUACCCACACUCUAAUGAGCUUCACCCCAAAAUCCACUCUAUGGCUUCCUUUCUGGUCUUCUACGUCAUCCCACUGUCGAUCAUCUCUGUUUACUACUACUUCAUUGCUAAAAAUCUGAUCCAGAGUGCUUACAAUCUUCCCGUGGAAGGAAAUAUACAUGUCAAGAAGCAGAUUGAAUCCCGGAAGCGACUUGCCAAGACAGUGCUGGUGUUUGUGGGCCUGUUCGCCUUCUGCUGGCUCCCCAAUCACGUCAUCUACCUGUACCGCUCCUACCACUACUCUGAGGUGGACACCUCCAUGCUCCACUUUGUCACCAGCAUCUGUGCCCGCCUCCUGGCCUUCACCAACUCCUGCGUGAACCCCUUUGCCCUCUACCUGCUGAGCAAGAGUUUCAGGAAACAGUUCAACACUCAGCUCCUCUGUUGCCAGCCUGGCCUGAUCCUCCGAUCUCACAGCACUGGAAGGAGUACAACCUGCAUGACCUCCCUCAAGAGUACCAACCCCUCCGUGGCCACCUUUAGCCUCAUCAAUGGAAACAUCUGUCACGAGCGGUAUGUCUAGAUUGACCCUUGAUUUCGCCCCCUGAGGGACAGUUUUGCUUUAUGGCUAGACAGGAACCAUUGCAUCCAUUGUUGUGUCUGUGCCCUCCAAAGACCCUUCAGAAUGCUCCUGAGUGGUGUAGGUGGGGGUGGGGGUGGGGAGGCCCAAAUGAUGGAUCACCAUUAUAUUUCGAAAGAAGCCAUCAAGUCUUAAGUUUUUCAUUUCAACUUAUGAACUAUUCUUCUGAUGUGAAGCAAACCUUCCCUUUUUAGAAAAGGGAACAAGUAGAAAAUUAUUUUUUAAGCAUCAAGCCCUGUUAAAUGGUCGUGGCCAAUUAUGUCAUAGAAACUGUAUGAACAACCAGAUUUAUAUAGCAGAGAAAUCAUACAUUGAAUGCUCACUUUGUGAAAGACUUCACCUUGUCAUUUCUUUAAGCACACACUAGUACUUUAGAAAUAUAAUUUGACUUUGUUUUCAGGAAUAUCUGUAAUACACAAACCAAGGAACAACUUUUCUUUACACUCCUAAUAUGAAAAGUCAAUCCUGUGAAAGAGCUCCAUGUAUGAGGGACACUCUCCAAGUUGAUAACAAUGGAAGCAAGUUUAAUAUAAAACAAUUCCCUAAGCAUUUAUUUUUUUAAAAAAGUUGUUACUGAGGACCUAGAAGAAAUGCUCAAUGCAUACUUUCAAAGCACAAAUACAACCAAACACAUUGACACGUAUAUAAAGAUCCACGUGUGGCUGUGCGUGAUAUCUCACACUCUGAAUUCUUACCUGAUGGAGGUUUUGUUUGCUGCUACAGUUUUGAUCAUCCAGGGUGCCAUUCCACCAUAGAAGAGAAAUCCUUUUAGGGAAAAAAAAUCAAUCAUGCUAUUAAUUAAUCAAAUAUCUAUAAAUGCGUAAAGUACAGUAUUUAUUCUUGAUACAUAGGUUUUGAGUCAAGUGUAUUUACUUAGAUUUGUCUUUGACUGUAAGAAAGAAGGGAUUGUAUCUGAGUAGAAAUAGGAACAUGUUUAUAUUUAAUGUAUGCUUCUCCUAACGUUUGUGGGAGGAAGUGAAUAAAAUUUCAGUAACAUGUAUUUUUUGUCUGACUAUGUAUAAGAAAGUCACAGGGGUCUUAACUUUAAGAACUGAUUGAAAAACAGCUACAGACUUGUUUCUACUUAAGAAGAGUAUUUAUGAAAGAGCCCAUGUGCAGAAAAAGACUUGGCUGAAAUAUUUUUCUUUUUCUAAGUGAGUUUAGUUGGCUCUAAAAAGAUUUGAUUCCCUUACUUUAGAAACCCUGAAUUGAGUUUUUCUUCACUCACAGAGGGGGCAAUUUUGACAGGUUGCAAACAUAUUAACCCACUUUCAAAUAAAUUCAAAUUUUACAAAUGUGCCCUUACACAUUAAAAUUCUAAGACAAUUUUAAUUUAGGUUUUCUCUAUCCAGAUGAGAUACAAACAGUUGGCUCUCAUUUUCACAUGGCACAUAUGAAAAGAUUCUCGUCUCUUGAUAUGAAGAAGUGCCCACUGUCUAUGGAGGUUUAGGAGUUAGGACCAAGACAGAAUGAAACUUCCUCAAUUCUGCUUGCUACGUGCUCGUCUGUACUGUACACACCUGCUUUCCUGGUAGUCCAUAAUUACAUUGAACAGUUUGAAAAGCAAGACAGUAUAGCUUAAAGAACCAAGAUUUCUAGCUUGACAGUCCAACUCUGCCUCUAGCUAUACCACUCUGGCUAUCAAUUUCACUGGUCUAGACUCAUGUUUUCAUCUCUAGACUGAGAAGACAGUGCUAAGGUCUCGUCUAUCGCUAAAAUUCUGAGUCACUUCAUCAUCUCCAGUUCUGUCUCUGCAGCCUUUCUGUAGCCCAUUUGGUCACAGUAGCCUCACUUCUGCUACCCUUGCAACAACAACUCUUUGGAAAUCAACCACUAUUCUAUAUUUGUGUUCACAUUAGUGGUAUGAAAGGAGACAAACCAUUCUGUUGCUUCAAGGGGCUCCUUGGAAUAUUUUGCAUGAAUGAUGUUCCGCGAGCUUGCUAUGUUUUGCAGUUAGAGCUGUAAGAGACAUAAGAAAACAUACUGCUGAGUCUUCUCAUUAUACAAGGGAUACUCUUCUUAUUCACCCUUCUUCAACCUCCAUGCGUCUGUUAUUUUGAACUAGUGUUCCACGAUUUUGCCCUAGGCUUUCUUCAAAACCCUUGAAUAUAAAUGACUCUAUGCUUAGUUAGUUGCUAACAUGUAUAGCCUUUUGAAUACCUAGCAUAACUUGUUCAGGCAUCUCUGAUCUACCUGCUUCCAGAGACAUUUUGGGAGUAGAGCUCAUCUUCCUGUCUCCUUCAGUUAACAUCAUGGCAUAGAUUGUGUGUGGUCUCCUUCCUAGCUUCUGGACAGAGUGAGGAGAUGGAGGUCUAGGUGUAGCUGUAUGUCCUUAGGCAAAUCUUAUUACUUUUUUUUUUUUUUUUUUUGAGAAGGAGUUCCGCUCUUGUUGCCCAGACUGGAGUGCAAUGGCACUAUCUGGGCUCAACGCAACCUCUGCCUUCUCGGUUCAAGGGAUUCUCCUGCCUCAGCCUCCCGAGUAGCUGGGAUUACAGGCAUGCGCCACCAUGCCCGGCUAAUUUUGUAUUUUUUUAGUAGAGAUGGGGUUUCUCCACGUUGGUCAUGCUGGUCUCGAACUCCCGACCUCAGGUGAUCCGCCCGCCUUGGUCUCCCAAAGUGCUGGGAUUACAGGCAUGAGCCACCGUGCCCGGCUGAAUCUUACUACUUCUUUCAGACUCCUAAAUGAAAGGAUUGAAGGGGCCUUUGCCAGCCAGUGACCAAGGACUGGUAAAACUAUUUUGUGAAUCAGCUAAUGGAUUGACUUAGACCUUCUUACCAGGAAGGACACAGUUGGGCCCUUCUCUAGGCAAGUCAAAAUUUUAUUAUUUUAUUCCACCUCAGGAACCUAAAAUUACGUGAGAGAGACCCAAGUCCCCACGUGUAUCACUUCUCUGCCGAAGCAGAGUGUGGCAGGGGCUGGAGCUGAGACAUUUCACGCCUGGCUUCCAAAGAUAAUCACGUUUAGCACUUAUGUCUUUGGCAAGAAAAAAAAAAUCAAUUUUUGCUGUGGAAAACCAUCUGUGUUUAUUCAAUUGACAGACACUACCUUUCAAUCUAUCUUAAAUUGAGCCUCCCUGAGGCAGGCAGCUCAACAGUGAUAGAUUAAGCAAUAAACAAAGCAGUCUUCCCACCAACGGCUGCUGCUGGCAGGGAAGGUGCAGCUGCUAUUGGGAGUGAUAUUCUUUAGCAAGAUGAUCCUCCCUGCUUAGUGAAGACAGGGCCCCUCCCUGUUGUUGAUUUGAUGAUUCUCCAUAAAUGUGGAUGGCUAAACCCUGUUUUUUUUGACUGCCUUCACUCUCCCACUGAACCUGCCUUCUGCCUCAUUAACAAGCUCUGGACUUCCCUCUUUGUCCACAAUUUGGUUCCAUCCGGGAGGAUGGAGAACCCUGAGGUAAAUAAACUGUUUGGGGGCUGCUGCAGAUGAACCAAGCUCAUCUUGUUAUGAAAAUGAACACUGAACAGAAAUAAAUGAACUUGAGGAUAGCACAUGAGCAUCCUUGCAUUGUAAAGUUUUCAUUUAUGUCAAAAGCAGCAGUUGGUUAUUUGUUUCAGAGUGUCUUCAUGCAUCAAGUAGCUUCUGGUAAUAGAGAUUAACUUUGUUUGGGGAGUACACAUUGAAUGGCAUCAGCUGUGGACUAAAAGGUGGCUAAGUCACUGUUCCUGGAAGCCAGCUAGAAACCAUCGCCCUGGGAAGCUGACUGUAUGGGAGCUGAAUCAAGAGCCAUCCGCUUGUAUCAUGGUGAGAUGGGAAGGGUGCAAACUUUCUUGCCAUUUGUGCUCUUCACAUCCACAACAGGAGGUAGCUAUUGUUAGAGAGUAGCUUAGAAUUAUCCCUGGGUUUCUGGGGGAAUGGAGCACCUUUUGUACAUUUUGUCUAAUUUUUGGCUGUAUUUUCAUGAAAUGGAUUAACAGCUGAAAACAAAGGGAUUAAAGAAUCUUUCUUGGGCCUAGGCUUUGUGCACACUGUUUAAUGAAACCAAGGCUUACCAAGCUCUACUUUAUUCCACAUCUGGAUGGUAUUUCUCCUAGCCCACACCCAGACACACACUUCCCAAACACACACACACGACAAUUUCACUAUCUAUCUCCCAAUCUCUUACCACAACUUUGGCCUUCAGAGACACCCUUUGUUAUAUUGCAGGGGGGCCAAGCAUUAAGUCCAGCUGAUUAUAUUCAGAGCAAUCAACAAAUAACAGACUGAGAACAGACUUUUCUCUUAUGAGACUUCACAUUAGAAAUUCAUUCAGGAGAACGUAUCUAAAUUUUUUAAAAGCUUCAAUGUUGCACAUACGUUAAAUUUAAGAAUCCCUGGGUUAGAAUAUUACUGUGGAAUCACAUCCAUGACUAAUUGUUAAAAAACUGCAUUUACCUAGUGUUUAUGGUCUAUAAAGUACUUUUAUACUCAUUACCUCAUUUCAUCCAAGCCUUCCCUGCUGGCCAAAGAGCUGCUUUACAUCCUUUACUAUGGAAAUGUGACCAUCUACCAUUACGUUAAAAGGCCCAUGGAACUAUGAGGCUGAAACAUGAAACUGUUAAGAUUGGGCCAUUUUCGAACUACAAAAAGGCAAUUUCAUCUGGUUCAGCUUAAUCUGAUUUCAUAUUGUUUCGAGGUGAACUAACUGUACUUCAUUCCCAUGGGCUAGUCAGUUAUACUGAAGAGCAGUGCUGAUCAUCACUUCUCCACUUUACAGGAUAUUCUCUUGUCCCCAAAGUGAAUCUGUUUAACUUGGCACAAGGGAGUGGACAGGGUCAUUGUUGGCUGCCCCAGGAGAGACAUAUUGGUGGGCACAACAUUCAGUGCCACAAUGAAAUGGAAGGCUAAGACAAAGAAGGGUGGGAUCCUUGGGAGCAAAGACACUGGCCAAGAAAUACACCAAAUUUGACCAAAACCUGAAUGGAGUGCUGUGGCUCUGGAAGUGCUGGAAAGGAAGGGGCUCAACUUCACCAAACACUGACAAUGUGCCAAGUCCAGUGCUGGGCACAUGAAGCCGUGGCAGGGAAAUUACUUACUGAUCCUCAAGUCACAUGGGGAAGUUGAGUGGCAGAGUAUAAGUGUGGAGCUGAUCUCUCUAUGUCGAUGUCCAUUCCACUGCUUAGCACUGCUUCCCAAAUCCCACCUGUGUGAAAAAUUAAGUUCACGGUACUUAGUAGAAAACUCCACUUCCUAUUCUAGGUUUUGUCCAGAGACCUGAACUAAUGAUUGAUAGAGUCAAAGAAUGUAUGCAAAGAGCAUUGAGCACAUAGUUUAAGGAAUUUUUGAGGGCAGAGGCUGAAAUGCAGCACAAAGUGGGUGAGUAAGAAAGUCCCUUACGUCAGUUGUUCGCACCCUCCUUCUCCCCUACUCAGAGACACAAUUCACUUGCAACUGGAAGCCCUGGUAAGAAUUUCCCACCUAGUUCUGUGUCUGAGGAGAGAAAAAAGCUUGCCGAGGACCAAGUUAGAGAGAAGACCCAAAUGAGAACAGCUAAUCUAGCCAUCUUUCUUUGAAUCAGAAUUAGUUGGAGAAAAAGUGUCAGGUAGAGGUAGAACCACCUACGCCGCCACUUUCCCCAAAAUAGAGUAAGAUAUGACAAUGGUUGGUUUCCUAGAGUCUGGGGACCCAGGUUACAUAAAUAGCCUCUAACAGAAAAGCAUCUCCUGGGCUAAGGGGACAGAUAAGAAACUCAGAUGUGGACUUAGGUAUCUGAGUGCCUAGCCCCAGGUGCCCUGUUCUAAACACAGACACCACUGUCUCUCUGCCCUCUCUGAACUCACAUUUCUAGAAGAUUAUUUGCCUUUUUUCCCCCAAUUUAAAAUUCACUCACAGAGUCAUAUAAUGACAUGAAAGGACUCACAUAAUUUUAUGACAUUUUAAAAGAAUCAUUUUAACGGACAGUAAAACCUCGUACAUUCAAGGCCUCAUUAACUCCCAGACAAGCUUAAAAAUGUUGGCAUAACUCAGAACUUCAAUUUGGAGCUACAUUAUAUAAUUUGAGCCUGUUGCGAAUCCAGAUUUUCAUAACUUUGCUUCCAUUUUAGCUAAUGACAUUAAUAAUACAUGUACAACAUUAAGAAAGUAAAACUCAUUAUCUUCUAAAAUGUUUUUUUUUUUUUUCUGCAGUCUGGGCUUUACUGAUUCAAACAUGACCUUUCUUCAAGUCGGUAGGGUUUUGGGUAAUAAAAUUCGUAAAACAGUCAAUUCGGUGAGUUGUAAAAAUAAACGGCACAAACUUCUUUAAUGUCAUUUUAUGUUUUAAAUAUUAGACUCAUAAUUCAUAAAUUAUAAUUGAACUUGCUACUAUUAACUGUAAAUAUUUAUUGCAUUGAAAAAUGUACUCUGUGUUAAAUAACUCAGAACAAGUUCCAGGUGUGGUACUUAGUGUAAAUAAUGUCAUGGCUUGGCUUUGCCUGGACUCCUUGAACAAAUGAAUUAUUUAAGAAAUUCACAAUAUUAAUAUGAAUGAUUCAGAUCCCUUUAAAUGCGCAAACUUUGUGACCAUGUAAAUUUAUCUAUAAAGUGUGCUUUGAGUGAAAUUGUUAUUUUUCAACAAAUGCUUCCAAUGCUUCUAUCACAUUGUAAGUGGUCUGUAUGACAUUAAGUCAAAUCCCGUGUAUAGUAAGCUGGAUGUUCAAGUUGUAGAAGAAAUGAGGUUUAUUCUUUAAUAUAAUAAAACGUAAUUUGUGAAAUGGACACAUACACGUAUCCAACGUUCAAUAAAAAAUAGUUGUUGCA